CGGGAGAGAGAGAGAGAGAGAGAGAGAGAUGAGUCCUCCAAAUCCACCACGCCAAGGGAGCCUUCCUCUCCUGGAUGCAGCAUCGCCUCUCAAAAUGAUGCUGCGGGCGCUGCUGGUCCUCUCUCUCAUCCAGGGUUCUAGCCAAAAAAGUGAUGAUGACUAUGAAGAUUACCCAACCAACAAAACCUGGGUUUUGUCUUCCAAAGUCCACGAGAGUGACGUUACACUCAUCUUAAAUGGCCUGCUGGAGGGAUACGACAACAAGCUACGGCCAGAUAUAGGAGUGCAACCAACAGUUAUUCGCACUGAUAUGUAUGUCAAUAGCAUCGGUCCAGUGAAUGCUAUUAAUAUGGAAUAUACAAUAGAUAUAUUUUUUGCCCAAACCUGGUACGACAGACGAUUAAGAUUCAACAGCACUAUAAAAGUGCUGAGGUUGAACAGCAAUAUGGUUGGGAAGAUCUGGAUACCUGAUACAUUUUUCCGAAACUCCAAAAAAGCUGAUGCUCACUGGAUAACAACUCCCAAUCGGAUGCUUCGGAUCUGGAAUGAUGGCAGAGUACUAUAUACGUUACGAUUGACGAUAGACGCUGAAUGUCAGCUUCAGCUACACAAUUUCCCAAUGGAUGAACAUUCUUGUCCCCUGGAGUUUUCAAGCUAUGGUUAUCCAAAGGAAGAAAUUAUUUACCAGUGGAAGCGCAGUUCUGUAGAAGUGGGAGACACCAGAUCCUGGAGGCUAUAUCAGUUUUCAUUUGUGGGGCUCAGAAAUGCAACUAAUGUGAUAGGAACAACUUCAGGAGAUUAUGUGGUCAUGGCAGUCUACUUCCAGCUGAGCAGAAGGAUGGGCUAUUUCACUAUUCAGACUUACAUCCCCUGCACACUCAUUGUAGUGCUGUCUUGGGUCUCGUUCUGGAUUAAUAAGGAUGCUGUUCCAGCCAGGACAUCUUUGGGCAUUACAACUGUCUUGACAAUGACCACUCUCAGUACAAUUGCACGCAAGUCUCUCCCCAAGGUCUCUUAUGUGACUGCGAUGGAUCUCUUUGUAUCAGUUUGCUUCAUUUUUGUUUUUUCGGCCCUGGUGGAGUAUGGGACACUUCAUUAUUUUGUCAGUAACAGAAAGCCAAGCAAGGAUAAAGACAAAAAGAAGAAAAACCCUCUUCUUCGGAUGUUUUCAUUCAAGGCGCCUACAAUUGAUAUCCGCCCAAGGUCCGCUACAAUUCAAAUGAACAAUGCCACACACCUCCAAGAAAGGGAUGAAGAAUAUGGAUACGAAUGUCUUGAUGGCAAGGACUGUGCAAGUUUUUUCUGCUGCUUCGAAGAUUGCCGAACAGGAGCAUGGCGGCAUGGAAGAAUACAUAUCCGCGUUGCCAAAAUGGACUCAUACGCUCGCAUAUUCUUUCCAACAGCCUUCUGUUUGUUUAACCUGGUCUACUGGGUGUCAUAUCUUUACCUUUAAGCAAGCAGAAAGGAAAUAGGUGAUAUGAGCCUUAUUUUUGGAAUUUAUCAGUAAGAUGGUUUCCUGUAAAAGUCCACUUAAGCUCCAUGAUCCAGUGGUUGGAGUGCCCAU